AUGGAUAUAGCAAGGAAAUUGAUCUUGUGUAUAGUUGUUGAUGUUAAGAAUCUCACUGUCUCGUCUGACCCUGACUUCCCGGUGCCAGAGAACACGGAGAUAACAUUUACCUGUGAGGCUGAGGGCGGGAUUCCCGCCCCGAACAUUACCUGGGAGAUUCCAGGGGCGUCAACUCAGCCGGAACCAACCGUGUCUGAUACCAGCAGCCAGAUAUCACUGACUCUCACCAAGGACAUGAACAACCAGGAGCUGCUCUGUACAGCACAGCAAAGGGAGAGAACUCUGAGGGAGUCCAUAAAGCUUAACGUCAAGUAUAAACCGACGGUAGACAUCAAUAUGACACCUACCGAGUAUUACCAUGGCGACGAGGUAAACCUCACGUGCUCAGCUGAUGGCUAUCCAGAUCCUGUCAUCACCUUGAGAUUCGAAGACAAGCUUUUCACACAUGACACUUCAGACAGGAACAUUUUACGUAUUGGCCGAGUGAACCAAUCCCAAACAAGAACCUACAGCUGUCUGGCCGUCAACUCUGAAGGGAAUGACACAGCGUCCAAAAGUCUGACACUUACCCCAAUAAAACUAUGUUGA